AUGGCACUUAGUGAAACUGUCAGGCGUUCAGAUGGAAGCAUUGAUUCUAUGUUUGCGUCGCGUUAUCUUCAGAAUUCUCUACCAAAGUUUGAGCUUCCUGAGAAAUCGAUUCCAAAGGAGGCUGCAUAUCAGAUCAUCAGUGAUGAGCUUAUGCUUGAUUGCAAUCCGAGGCUUAAUUUGGCCUCUUUUGUAACAACAUGGAUGGAGCCCGAGUGCAAUAAGCUGAUAAUGGAAGCUAUCAAUAAAAACUAUGUUGAUAUGGAUGAGUACCCUGUCACCACUGAACUUCAGCUCAUGUUCCAUGCAUCCAUUUCUGAUAAAGAGCAAGCUAUUAGUGUUAGGACUGUGGGAUCUUCAGAUGCUAUAAUGCUCGCUGGCCUUGCAUUCAAACGCAAAUGGCAGAACAAGAGAAAUGCCCAAGGGAAGCCUUAUGACAAGCCCAAUAUUGUUACUGGUGCCAACGUUCAGGUCUGUUGGGAGAAGUUUUCUCGGUAUUUUGAGGUAGAACUGAAAGAGGUGAAGCUGAGAGAAUGA